UAUAACAUCACAAGCUCAGCUUACGUAUGCGGAGUUCCGCGGAUAUACAGCGGCCCAUCGUGGACUUGGACAGGUGCUGGGGUGUGCCUGUGGCCGCUGCCUGCAUCGUCUUUCUAUCGUGCAUAGCCUCAGCUAACUAUGGCUUCCUCUACGUGCUCUUCAUGCAAAGGCAUGGGCUUAGUCGCGAGCAAGUCGCCUGGCCUCAGACCUUACUCCUCAUCUCAGGUGGAUGCGUUGGACUCCUUGUCAGCGUGGUGCAAAAGAAGUUCUCCAUCUAUCACAUAACCCUCGCCGGUGGGAUCUUGACUUCUGCAGGUCUUAUGGGCGCAAGCUUCGCUCCCAGCAUCGUCUGGUUUUCUGUUGCUUAUGGAGUGGUACAGGGAGCCGGACUCGGAAUCACCUUUUUAGGCGUCGCCAUGUACUUGCUCCUAUACUUCGAUAAGUACAAGGCCACUGCCGCCGCCAUCAAGGACGUCGGCAUGGUAGUAGUGGGUGUAGCUGGUGUUCCAUGGAUAUCUAUUCUCAUGAAGGAAUACGGUUUGCGAGGCAGCCUUCUUCUCAUGGCUGGUUUGAUGCUUCACAUCUUGCCACUAGUCGUGCUUAUCAAGACACCUCGCCGAUGCCACAUGUUCCGAAAAAACGACAAACCGACGGGGCGUAUAAAUUCACAGGAAGGGGACGUGGACAAACCUGCCGCCAUUAAAAGCGCAGUGCCCUUAUUGAACGAAAAGGAACAUUGUGUCCAACGUGAGGAACUGCCGACGUUAUCAAAUGGUGCCCCCCGUGGGUUCCCUAUCGUUAUACAGUUCCCCUUCUUUGUUUUAGUGCUGCUGCAAGUCUUCUCGGAGUACGGCAAUUCUCUAUUCAUGACCACCAUCGUGGACUACGCGACAGACAAGGGAGCAGAACUUGGACGUGCGAAAACUGCAAUUAUGUUCGCUGCGAUAGGAAAGGCCGUAGGACGUGUGCUGGUGCCUGUUGUGUCAGACAAAACUUCUUUCAGCCGCUCUUCUAUCACCAUGGCGUGCCUUUAUGUGACAGCCCUCUGUUUCUACAUCAUUACACGCAUCUCUGCUUUCGAAGCAGUUGCAGCACUUGCUAGCGUAGCAGGUGUGACCCAAGGAUACACCAUUUGUAUGCGACCAUUACUGGUAGCCGACCAUUUGGGCGUGGAGCGGCUGAGCUUGUGCAGUGGAGUGGCAGGACUAGUCGGCAUGCCGAUGUGCCUUUCUGGCCCAGCAAUACUAGGUUACUUCAGAGACAAGCAUGGCUCUUAUGACACGCUCUACUACAUGCUUGCUGGACUCAACCUUGUCGUAGCGGUACUUCUUACGGUCCUGGUGGCAUGCCCCGUGACUAAACGGAGACAUUGCUUUACGAAGCAUGCUUCUUCGAAGACUUCUUUCAGUGAAGAACGGGUCUAGGACGCUAGUUCAUUAUAACCGAGUCCCUGCUUAGCAGUGGGAAUAAGACAGUCGGGUGGCAUAGCUCUUUAAUUUUUCUACUACUAGUCGCAGCAGGCAUCGUUAGUAAUUCAGGGCGAUAAGGCGGAUACAUCACGCAUCAUACGUGAUCACAAAGCUCCGUUCUUGAAUGGGCGUUUCGAUAAAGAGAUUGCCAGUAAAGUUUUCAUCGCAAACUCUAUUGAUGAUUGGAAGUUAGGGAAAUCAUUCAGUACUUUUACGGGAAAAUUACUACUACUACAAACUGUGCCAGCAAUUGCCAUUACAAUGCAACGACGUAAUUACGACACCAAUUUUAAGGACAAGCUAAUAGAUUACGAGGUAUGGCUCUGUAAUCUUCGUAGUCAAGGAAACCUUGCUAAAUGAGAAACGUACCGGUGAGAUAUUCGGAUAUUUUAUGCACCAAUAGAUCAUUUGC